AAAGGUAGGAGGUGUACAAACAAAAUUAUUGCAAAAAAUUAGUCGAUUCGUAAAUGUUGAGAAGGAAGGAUAUUUGCAGGAUUAUUACGAUUUACGCUAUUUGAAUCGUGUUAGUGUGUCAAAUCGUUUGUAUUGUUUUUAAAUGGUGCCGUGACUGAGAAUGACCGAUUUAAAAGUUAGAAAUGUGUUGAAGUGUUAUUAAGUUUUAAUUGAGUUGUUGUUUACGAUGGAUGCGAAUUCGAAAUAUUACGAGGGCUGUGGACAGGAAGGACCGAUUCGCUGUAUAUUUUUGUGUGAAUUCCAUCCAACGCAAGGGCCCAAGAUAACUUGCCAAGUGCCCGAAGAUCAUGUGUCGAAAGAUAUUUUUGACAUGGUCAGUCACUAUAUCAUACCGAAAGUGCAACUGCAUCGCUGCACUCUGACUGUUACAUUACUGGGCUCAAAAAUCCUAGGCUUCCCAGUGCGCAUAGACAAUAAGAAGUACGCAAGGAACGCGUUCUACUUCAACCUGUGCUUUGUAUGCGAUGACUGGGCCAGGACAGUGCACCUGGAGCCUCUGGUGAAGAAACUGACAGAAUAUAUUUUAUCGAUGGAGCUGGAGACUGAAUGGCUCUCGAAGCAGUCGACCUCCGGGGACGCGAAGCAGCUCAGCGGGCUGAUGAGGCAGGUCAUGCAGGACAUCAACAGUCGCAGGAUGUGCACGCUGACUGUGGGCACGACCACCACCCACCUGACCGUGGUCAGGGUGAACACGGACCCUGCGCCCGUGAAGGACCACCAGGUGCCUGUGUUCCUGUACAGCAGACACUCCUUCGUGGCCGACCAGUGGGACCUCACCACCAACCAGAUCCUCCCGUACAUAGAUGGAUUCAAUCACGUGGCCAAAAUAGCGGCCCUGACGGACGUGGAGAUCAGUCUAGUUCGCGCAUGCGUGCAGAACCUGGUCUACUAUGGAGUGGUGACUCUAGUGCCUAUCUUUCAAUACUGCGCUGUGUACAGCGCAACUCCUAAGCUGAGGCAGCUGACGAGGUGCGCUGGUCUUCAGCGGCAGUGCGUGGAAUUCUGCGCUAGGUCGUCUCGCCAGCAGCCGAGAGUUAGCGACAUAUUCCGCAUGUACGCCGGCAUGACGUACGGCAGCACGGUGAGGGACCUGUGCAGGCGCAUGAAGCCCCAGGACCUGGCCAUCAACGAGAGGAAACUGGUCCUCUUCGGAGUACUGGAGGGGCUCAUCAGGCGGGUGUAUAAGUAUCCCAUAACGCUGAACAACGACGACACUGCCUCAGUCCAAAGCGAACAUAGUCAACCCUUAGUCCGCACUUACAACGGCCUCGUGUGCCUAGACGAGCUGUGUUGCCAGGGCGGGCUCACCGCCGUACAAUUAGAAGAACAGCUAGAAAGGGACAGCAACGUCGUGUUCAUAGUCAAAUGAGAGAGACGACCGUAGCGUUGUGUGUUCAUCGCCUAAUGUUUUCACUCAGUAAGAUUUUUACGACUUGGGGUGGGGGAAUGUAAUGUUGAUAUCUACUGAAAUAUUGCGGAUUCAGAAGAAAAUGUGUAUGCUUUGUAUGUCUGUUUCUUUAUUUUUAAAUAGGCCAAACAAUAAUUUUCCUUCCUCCUCGAUGUAAAGUUGAUUGCUGACGAAUUGUUAUUGAAGAGCAUUCCAAAAAUAUAUCUUGUUCGUCGGUGGAUUACGGUCGACUAAUGGAGAUGCAACUUUGAAUAUUGAAAAUACAAUUAAUACUAUUUGAAAUUGAAUUAAAUCAUGGGACUAAAUCUCUAAAUGUAUAUGUUUGUCAUGAAGAAGUUAACAUUAUUUAAAACAUAGUGGUUUUCAAAUAAUAUUCUGACUAUUGAUAAUUUUAAACAAUAAUUCGAGUUCAAUUUAUUUCUAAUGUCAUUAUUCUUAAUUUUACAACAUUCUAGUCCUGCAAUAUUCGUAAGUUAAGCACAAAUUGUAAGAUCUCAGUAGAUGUCAUAUUGAUAAAAAUAUAUUGCGGACUAAAAAAUAACCGAAGAUCAAAUAAUAUUUUUAUAAACGUCUUUUAUGAACCUAUAUCUAGUAAUAAUGGAAUGGGCCUAUUUAAAUUUAAUGAAAUGAUAUAAUUAUUUACUCAAUAAAAAAGGAAGACGUAAAUAUUGAUUAAAAAAAAUUGACAAAACAUAAAGACCUAUUUUCUGAUAUGUGCAGAUAUUAUUAUAGUCAGAAUAACCAAAACGUCUGUUGUAACAUAAUAUAAUGUAAGUUUAGUUUAGAAAGUAUAUAAAUAUAGAUUAAGUGCAUAAUUCGAUUGGCCCCGGCUAUACCUAUAAAUUAAAAAUUUUAAAACUACCAGAAUAUAAAUUUUUUUCGCUAGGCCACAAGUUUAAUUUGUCUACGCCGUUGGGCAUCAAGACGCGACGUGAUGUGAACAUAAAUAAUCUAUUAAACGAAAAUGCAAAAAAAGCUCACAAUUGUUAACGCAUAUAAUCGUGCUUUCAAAGAAUCAUAUGGUAGUUGGUUAAAAUAAUAUAAAGUACAUAAAAGCCUGUAUAUUUUUGCUUCCUCUCUAUAGAAAGCUAGUUUGUCUAUUUUUGAUUAAUUUUUUUGACUUUAUACAAAUAUAUUACUAUAAUUAAUUUUAUGCGUAUAUUAUACAUUUUUCGAACUGCUCAAUAUUCAUAAUUUAAGAUUAUAUUUGUAAAUGAUGUACAAUUUAUGUAAAUGUCUAUGAAGGUGCUAUAAACUUUGUAAUUUUUUAUUGUUAAUUAAGUACCUAUAUAAAUAAAAUAAACUGCCCAAAUAUUCAACCCACCGAUUUUCGGACAUGAUUGUAAAUUAUUUUUACGAGAGCUUAAUCCUAGAGGUAGAUAAGAGAUACGAUAAAAUAUUUUUUUCUACGUCUAUGGGAACCAAAUGAGUAUGAUUAACCUUUAUUUACAAAAAAAUCAGUUAUAUUGCGUUUCAUCUUGUAAAUCAGUUAAAAAUUGCUUUCUUGUAAUCUUCUCGUAAUCAACGAUUCGCUUGGUUACCUUUUGUCAAAUUAUAUUUAUAUACUUAUAUUGAAUAAAUAAAUAUUAGAAAAGGUGAGAAAGGUUAAAAACGUGUGGAAAUAUUUGUAAAGUACUUCGCUCCAGCACAUUGCAAAGUUUACGUGUGGCAUAACUAAAAUUUAACCAGCCACCAGAAAACUUUGCCACAGAAACCCAAAUUUUUUAAGAAGUAAUUUAACACAUUUUUAUAUUUUCUACGGUUUUCAUAUAAUUCAUCAGUUUGUUUACUUUUUUCAUUGACUUUAUGUAAGUUUUCUUAUUAAUUCGUACUUAUUUGUUUUCAGAAGUCAUAUUUUGUAAGUAAGUCUAGGUCUUAGGAGUCCUCAUAAAAUAAAUCUUACGUCGGAUCAUUAUGUGAGAUCUAGUCGUAAAAUUAUUAUGUACCUAUGUUACUGUAUUUCUGUUUCUAUUUGUUGUUUUGUUAAAUAUAUGGCACACACACUUGUCUUAUUUUGUAACUUACAUACCUACUUCCAAAUUAAUGUUAUAAAGAGAAAAGCUGUAAAAAAAUGUAUUUUGGUUUUCAGUAUAUUGAUUUGUUUUGUAAGCUUUCUGAGUGAUUGGCUGUAACUUCAGACCCACAUUAUGCAUGCAGAAUGCCUUUCCAUAUUUUUGUUAUUAAGAUUUAAUUAAAGACAGUGUGUCGUGUGUAACAAUUGUUGUAAUUUGACUAGUCCACUUGAAUUUUGUGCCUUAUUCUUGUUUUGUAUGAUUUUUUCAUCGAUAAAUCAUGUUGACGUUAAGAGAUUAUCACCACAUUUGUUCAGUUCGUUGAUUAUUUCUCAGAGGAUUUAACGAGGUUUUAAACACUAUACGAUUAAUAUGUUCAAUGUUAUUUUGUGUAUAAGAGACUAAUUAUAAUUAUUUCUUG